AUAGCCUGAAGAAGCAGCUGAUGCAACACUGGACGAAGAUAACACAGACAUCACGUCGGAUCCCCGUGGGUUAUAAGAUCAGCUCAGAAAGAAGAAGCAUCUCAGUCUAAAAGCAGCCAAACAGGAUUUACACUGAUCUGCACCUAACCAUUUACUGAUACAUCAUGCCUGUCAUCAGAAGCCUCAGCAAAGUGGCCAAGCAGGCCCUGCUCAGCACCCCAGGGUGCGGAUGUCAGCCACUAACAGUGGCUGUCCGCAGCAUCAGCUUUUCCCCUCGACAGGUGACAUCUGAUGCCAGCUUCCACUCAGUGUCCUUCUCAGAAACAGAUCAUCCCAAGGUGCUCAUCACAGGUGGCCUGGGACAGCUUGGUGUGGGGCUCGCCAAGUUGUUGAGGAAGAGAUUUGGAAAGAAUAAUGUCAUUCUGUCUGACAUCAGGAAGCCUUCAAGUAAUGUGUAUCACAGUGGGCCAUUCAUCUACUCAGACAUCCUGGACUACAAGAACCUGCGUGAAAUUGUGGUGAACAACCGCAUCACUUGGCUGGUUCAUUACAGUGCUCUCCUCAGUGCUGUGGGAGAGGCCAAUGUGGCGCUGGCACGCUCUGUUAACAUCACAGGACUCCACAACAUCUUGGACAUCGCUGCAGAGCAUGGUUUGCGUCUGUUUGUCCCCAGCACCAUUGGUGCCUUUGGUCCCACUUCCCCCCGCAACCCCACACCAGAUCUCUGUGUGCAGAGACCUCGCACCAUCUAUGGUGUCUCCAAAGUCCAUGCUGAGCUGAUGGGAGAGUACUACCACCACCGCUAUGGGCUGGAUUUCCGCUGUCUCCGCUACCCAGGCAUCAUCUCCGCUGACUCCAUGCCAGGAGGUGGCACAACAGAUUAUGCCGUGCAGAUUUUCCAUGACGCCAUCAAAUCUGGCAAAUUUGAAUGCAACUUGAAGCCUGAUACACGGUUGCCCAUGAUGUACAUCGACGACUGCCUGCGGGCUACCCUGGAAGUGAUGGAGGCGCCGGCUGACACUCUGAGCAUGAGGACCUAUAACAUCAACGCCAUGAGCUUCACUCCUGAGGAACUCAGCCAGGAGCUCCAGAAGCAGAUGCCUGAGCUCGAGGUCACAUAUGACGUUGACCCUGUCAGACAGGCCAUUGCUGACAGUUGGCCAAUGAACUUUGAUGACUCCAACGCACGGAGAGACUGGGGAUGGAAGCACGACUAUGACCUCCCGGAGCUUGUCCAGACCAUGCUUAACUUCUUUGGCGCAGAAACACGCAUGGCUCGUGCUAACUGAGCGUGCACAACAUCAGAGUUUUGUACAUAGGUAAAGACUGACCAAAGAGAAUAGAGAAACAUGGCCUGUACAUAGUCGUUCUCUCACUUCUCUCUGUAAAUCAGAAGGGCUCUGCUUGCCUGGCACAAGGCUACUGUGUCUCCAGAAUGUAAAGGUCAUUGUGGGCUAGACAAUCCCCCCCCUGCUCUUGUCUAUCUGCCCCUGCUUUGCACUCUUUUUCCCUUUUUCCUGUUUGGAGAUUUGGGUGAAGAGCGGUCGGCCUGUCGGUAGAAGGUUCUCAGCAGUAUCAGGGGUAAACAACGUGGCCUAAUUUGUUCAGAUGAAAUGGAAAAUGACUUGCAUGGUGAUGAACUGUGCAGUUUUGCCAGGGUUACAAGGCAAAAAUCAUGUUGGCAAAUAGGGAAUGUCACUUUACUAGUUUUUCUUUGGAAAUCUCAAUCAAUCAGGGCUUUUUUCCAAGGACUCUUAUAAUCAGGUUUUCAUUCCUAAGGCUAAAACAAUUCAGGAUUGAAGGAUUAAUGAUAUGCAAGAUGUGCACUUUGAUGCACUUUUGACAGAUUUGCAUCUUAGAAUUACUGACAAAGUCUAAUCUCUUGUGAGGCCAGGUUCUGAUACAGUGCAUCUGUAUUUAGAGCAGUGCAGAGCGAUUAUUCUUAAGAACUGUUCUUUUCUUUAUUCCAUAUUUCAUUAUUUAUUCUGUCUGGUGUUACAUGUACGGGGGGCAAUUCUGAACUUUGUUUUUAAGUGUCCCUGUCCAUUUUUAUGUUAUAUUUGUUUUACACUGUGGGAUUAUUUUUGACACAAAAGGAAAAUACCACCUUUACUAUCACCCAUGCACGUAUGUGUACUUCAGCAUUCUGUAAAUGGAAUGUAUGGUUUCUAUGUGAAUGUCACAAUCUUUCAAUCGUACAAGCUUUGACAAUAAAUCUUUUCAAU